GGAAUCCCAUUUUUACCUGUAGAAGAUCUUGAAAAUUCGUCAAUAAUAAAUUUUUUCAGCGAGGUUCAACAACUAAAAUCCUGCAUACAGACCAUAUUUUUGGUUCUGUCGCAGAAUGGCGUCGUAGGUGCGACAUCACCGGUGCUUGGCGCUAUACCGCCGGCGCCAUCGUUGGCGUCUGUUAUCGCGCCACCACCGCCACCGGCGCCGCCAACGCAUGGCUCAACACGUAAACGUCCUGCGCCUGCAGCACCACAACCGGAGUGCCCUGUCGCGCUGCGUCCGAUUGCUUCAUGUCCAACAUUGCCGUCUCAGUUCAUGCCUCACUGGACAUGGUUGAUGCCGGGUUUAAUGCGACCACCGUCGCCUACCCUACCGGCACCACCGUCCCUUGAGACAACGGCCACGGCUCACAAUGAACAGGAGCCAACAAAAUGGAGCAAUCCGUCCAGCGUGGAGAGUAAUGGGCUGAAGACCGACUGCUCAGCUGGUCAGUUAGCUGCAUAG